AUAAAUGAUGUCUCUGAUAAUAAUCACAAAAAGUUAAAUUCCGCGUUUUCACAUUAAUCACUUUUCCUAUAUAAGCUAUUUCACAGCCACAAUUAUUCUUUUUCUAAGCUUCAAUCUUCUGACUCUUCUUCACCUCUCUCACCCUUCUCCACUCGCAAGUGGCGAGGAUGUCGACUCCUGCUAGGAAGAGACUGAUGAGGGAUUUUAAGAGGUUGCAACAGGAUCCUCCUGCUGGCAUCAGUGGGGCUCCCCAAGACAACAAUAUCAUGCUUUGGAAUGCUGUGAUAUUUGGGCCAGAUGACACCCCUUGGGAUGGAGGUACGUUCAAGUUGACGCUUCAGUUCACAGAGGAUUAUCCUAAUAAACCACCUACUGUGCGCUUUGUUUCUCGGAUGUUUCAUCCAAACAUUUAUGCAGAUGGAAGUAUAUGCUUGGAUAUUUUACAAAAUCAGUGGAGUCCAAUUUAUGAUGUAGCUGCAAUACUUACCUCAAUCCAGUCAUUGUUGUGUGAUCCAAACCCAAACUCACCAGCAAACUCUGAAGCUGCUCGGAUGUUCAGCGAAAACAAGCGCGAAUACAACAGAAGAGUGCGUGAGAUUGUUGAGCAGAGUUGGACUGCUGAUUAACCAUAUUAUAUAUGGCAUUGACUUGACAAUGGCUGUGAUAAAAAUGAAUCUGAUUGAAUAACCAUCAGUCUUUUAUAAACAACUAUGUUUUAUAUUAUUUGUCCUUGCUUGACUGUGUGUUUGCUCAAACUUUAUAUGAAUUAAAGAUUCCCCAAUGUUGUGCACAUUUCUGCUUUUGUUGA